AUGGGCCUAAAGGUGUUUCAUUGGCUGAAUCGGAGGAUGCAUCCUAAUACCGAGUACUGCACCAUCCAUGCUAACAAGGCCAUGGAGGAUAAGGAGGACUCCGUGCCUCAUAGUGUGGUUGAGAAAGACACUGAAGCCCUUCUGCUCCGUGAUGUGCUUCUUAAUGGUAUACUUGCAAUUGGCACACUUGGACAUCACGUAGACUCAUUUUGUCCUGAGGCUUGCAUUGAAGAAGAUGAUCUCCUCGUCAUGGGUGAUGAGAAAGUAAUUGAGGAAGAGAAAGAUGACAAGGAACCUAGGAAUGAUCAGGUGAAAGAAGACAUUGCAUUGGAAACAGAGCCAUGUGAACCAGUAUUGCCUAUUGUUGAGCCUGCUAAGAUGCAUUCAUUGUCGAUGAAAGAAGGCAACUUUACAUGCUUUGUAACAGAAGAAAUCCUGAUACAUGAGGUGGAAGAUGGGGGAGCUGCUAAUAUCCAGGAACGACCACUUCUGAUGGUAGAGGAGGUGGAGAAAGUAAGAACUACACUUGCUGAUUUAUUUGCAGCAGAAGUAUUCUCAUCAAGUGCUCCAGGGGAGAAUAGUUGCCAGGAUAUCAUCGAUGUUGCAGGGGCAUCCACUUCAAAGCAUACAUCAUGCAUGGACAAGAUGCAUCAAAAGAAACCAAGGAAGCCAACACCAAAACCACUGAAAGCCACAAGAAAAUUAAGUCGGGUCAUGAGGAAGAUGUUGGGGAAGAAGAUCCACCCCGAGCAGCUCAAUGGGCGUAGCAAUGCAGAGGGCCCCCUUACUGCAUGA